AUGUCCGACGAACUAUAUGACGGUGCCAUUGGCAUCGAUCUGGGUACCACAUAUUCCUGUGUUGCAAACUACGACGGCAACAAUGUCGAAAUCAUCGCCAACGAGCAGGGUAGCUUCACCACCCCUUCGUUCGUCUCCUUUACCGAUGAAGAACGCCUCAUUGGCGAGGCCGCGAAGAACCAGGCUGCAAUGAACCCUGAAAACACAGUCUUCGAUGUCAAGCGUUUGAUUGGACGACGAUUUGACGACCCUAUUGUCAAGAAGGAUGUUGAAUCAUGGCCAUUCAAGGUUGUUGACCAAGGUGGCAACCCUAUGGUGCAAGUCAGAUAUCUGGGAGAGACAAAGACUUUUUCGCCACAAGAAAUCUCGUCGAUGGUCCUCACGAAGAUGAAGGAGGUUGCCGAAACCAAAUUGGGCAAGAAAGUCGAGAAGGCCGUUGUCACAGUCCCUGCCUACUUCAACGACAACCAGCGACAAGCCACCAAGGAUGCCGGUGCCAUCGCUGGCCUCAAUGUUCUCCGUAUCAUCAACGAGCCCACUGCUGCGGCCAUCGCAUAUGGUCUGGGUUCUGGUAAGACUGACAAGGAGCGAAAUGUCCUCAUUUACGAUCUUGGUGGUGGUACUUUCGAUGUCUCCCUUCUCAACAUCCACGGCGGCGUCUUCACGGUCAAGGCCACCGCUGGUGACACCCACUUGGGCGGUCAAGAUUUCGACACCAACCUCCUCGACCACUUCAAGAAGGAGUUCCAAAGAAAAACCAAGAAGGAUCUCUCUGGUGACGCCCGUGCCCUCCGCAGACUCCGCACUGCCUGCGAGCGUGCGAAGAGAACCCUGUCCAGCGCUACCCAGACCACCGUCGAAAUUGACUCGCUCUUCGACGGUGAGGACUUCAACACCCAAAUCACCCGGGCUCGUUUCGAAGACCUCAACGCCAAGGCUUUCAACGGCACUAUCGACCCUGUUCAACAGGUUCUGAAGGAUGCCGGCGUUGCCAAGUCUGGUGUCGAUGUGAUCGUGUUGGUGGGCGGUUCUACCCGUAUUCCCCGCAUUCAGAAACUGCUCAGCGACUUCUUUGAUGGCAAGAAGUUGGAGAAGAGCAUCAACCCCGAUGAGGCUGUCGCAUACGGCGCCGCCGUCCAGGCUGGAAUCCUCUCUGGAAAGGCCACUUCUGCCGAGACCGCCGACCUUCUUCUGCUUGAUGUCGUGCCGCUCUCCCUGGGUGUUGCCAUGGAAGGCAACAUCUUUGCCCCUGUCGUCCCUCGCGGCAGCACUGUUCCCGUUUUGAAAAAGAGAACCUUCACUACCGUCCAAGAUGCGCAGCAGACCGUUCAAUUCCCCGUGUACCAGGGUGAGCGAACCAACUGCGAGGACAACACCUCCCUGGGUGAAUUUACCCUGGCUCCUAUCCCGCCCAUGAAGGCCGGUGAUGCUCAACUUGAGGUUGUCUUCGAAGUCGACGUGAACGGUAUUCUCAAGGUCACUGCUACCGAGAAAUCGUCGGGCCGAAGCGCCAACAUCACCAUCUCGAACGCGACUGGCAAGCUGUCCAGCGCUGAGAUCGAACAGAUGGUUGAGGACGCUGCCAAAUUCAAGACCACUGACGAGGCUUUCACCAAGAAAUUCGAGGCGAAGCAGCAGCUCGAGUCCUACAUUGGCCGUGUCGAGGAAAUCAUCUCUGACCCGGGCUUGUCGCUGAAGAUGAAGCGUGGCAACAAGGCCAAGAUUGAGGAGGCCCUCAGCGACGCCAUGCAGCAGCUUGAGCUGGAGGAGUCGAGCCCCGACGACUUGAAGAAGAAGGAGUUGGCAUUGAAGAGAGCUGUGACCAAGGCCAUGGCCACGAGGUAA